AAUCGCUGAAAGUUUGAAAAGUUAAAUUAUUGUUUCUAUUUUCGUUAAAUAUCCUUUUCACAAUUGUUUAACAAUGGAAAUGUAUAAUAAAGUAUACACCGAUGCCCUAGCUGGUAAUGAACAGGAAUCGAACCGGUGGCGGUCCUACCGGGAAGAGCUUCGACAGGUCAAGGAAAAUAUCAAAUUUUACCAAAGCCAACUGAAGGUUGACAUACUGAUACCGAUCGGUUCAAAAGCUUUGCUUCCCGGUCAGCUGUACCAUACUGGCGAAGUGAUGGCCAGCCACGGUUGCGGGUACUUUUCCGACUGUUCCGUAAAUGAAGCCAUGCGCAUCAUCGACCAUCGCAUUAGCAACGCAGACAGCAUGUUACAGAAGUACGAUCGCGAAAAAGACCUUUUCGUGAGUAAGUUGGAGGUUCCCUUCGCUGAAGACGCGUUCAGUGGGCAAGAGAUCAUUGAAGAAUACGAUGAGGAACGGGAAAAAGAAUGGAGAGAGCAGCAUCGGAAACGGGUGAGGGAAAACAAGCUGCAGGAAGCUAAAUCACUUGUUGCAUUCCAACCCGAGUCCGAGUCCGAUGAGAGUGUUUUUAGUCGUUUAGAAGAAUUAGAAUUAAUGGAAGAGCUCGAGCAAGAAAUGGACAACUUGGAUGUUUCUGUGGAAAAUGAUGAACAGUUGCGUCAGUUGAUGAGUGGGGAACUGAAAGUGAACGAAAAGAAAAGGUUGGCACAUAGUUUGGAGCCCAGUUCGAUGCCGAUGGAUGAAAUAAGAAAGGUAACGGAGAGUUUGGAAAUUGAAACCACAGAUGACGACGGUAGUUCCGUUGAUUCCGAAGAAUCUUGUGACGUUGUUUCGCCUGAGUUUGCGAAGUUAUUACAACAUACAAAAUCGAUGGAUAUAAAGGAAAAAGUUGAAGUUUUUAAAGAAAAGUUGAAUGAUAUUAGUACUAAGCUGAGUCAAAAUACAGUAACAGUCGAUGAGAAAGUAGACCUUUGUGAUCUUCGUUACGAGCUGGAAGAAGCACUGGACUUUCUUUGUCCCGCCUGGGAGUCCAGCGAAAAGUUGGCAAAGAAAAAACGUACAAUUAAGUUUGCCGAAACCGAUUCGGUUAAAAUUAUUGAAAACUCGGAAGUGCAAUCGUCGGUCGGUCCUUCGCCAAGUCCGUCUUCGAAACUUACACUGGAGCUACACGUGAAUCAUUCCCCAGUGCAGAGUCAGCAUUCAAGCGGCAGCAAUAACGAAAGAGCAAUUGUAAGCCCUGCUGAUAUUUAUCGUUUAUUCGAACAUUGCCUGGCAAAGGAAGGUUCAAGUGUUACUUCCGGCACGAAAACCAAAUCCAUUUUGAAGAACCGUGAAAAGGUACUGGAGGAAAUACACCACGAGGAAGCACCACCCCUGGCCAGAAGUAGCCCCAAAAAAGAACCAGUUCUGGUCGAUAUAAUUGGCGAAGUCAUUGAGCAUAGCUCGGAGGACCUUCGGGAAGCAGAACUCAAAACAUCCGCAAGCAAAACAUCAACGACUGGGAAGAAGAAAGUCAGUCGUUUUAAACAGCAAAGGUCUUGAACUACCGCCAUCGUUUCACCAACACCAACACAAACUCUCACGUCACAUUCAGGCAGCGAAAUCGAACUGACAGCAGUGACAGCA